GAUACACCAGGAGAUAGAAAAAGCAUGUAAGAAAGGCAAGGUUACAGUGAUCAUAAGACCAUAAGACAUAGGAGCAGAAAUUAGGUUCAAAAUCAGUUAACGGGAAGGUAAAAUAUAGGGGACUACAUAUUCUUCCAGCAUAACCCAUUCAUUUUUCCUAGUACAGUUCUCUCUACUACUUUUAUUCCAAUCAGGCUAUCAGGUCACCAGCUGGUUACUGGGUUACAGAUACGAAGAACACCGUGGAUGGCUGUGGUUUUUGAGGCCCAAUCAGCACCUUCCAUAAUCUAGAUCUCUGGGACAGUGCUGAAAUCAGGAAUUUGACAAAGAAAUCCCUUGUGACCAAAAACAGAGCGAAUUUAAAUAGUGGCAAUAACUGCGAAGAUUAAUGCACUUGGAAUGCACUAAAAUAAUUGACUUCUACGUCAACCGAUACAGAAAUCACAAAUGGCAUUGCUUCAUGCAGAUCAAGACACCGAGAGUGCGGAACCUGCUUCAAACCAAAUUACCACCAAGAUUCCCAAAACUUUAAACCACAGAAGGUCAAAACUGAUUUUGCACUUGGAUUUAAAUAACACAGUCCUCUUGUCUGACACAGUUACUAGACAAGGACCCAGGAAAGCUCUUAGUUCCUUUCUAACCACUGUUACUUGGGGCCGGAUCAACCAGGAAGGAAAGUGGGAAUGGCUGAGUAAUGUACCUUCCUUGAACCCACCCUGUGAUGGUGCUGUGAGUUACUAUUCGCAGUUUGGGAAGCCGCUGGAUUUCACAGAGACGAGUGACGGCUCUCUCUUUAAAAAAAUUUACACUGACCACCUACAGACGGUAGAGUGGAUGGAUCCCUACAAUGAGCUUCUGUCCAUGACUGAUGAAGAUGGGAAAAAGUACCAUCGGAUCCUGCCAUCUUUCUUUGAGCUGAUUGAUUGUUUAUCGUCACAAGGCAGAGAAUUUGCUAUAGUACUUCGAACAUUUGGGUCGGAUUUGAGUAGAACUUUAAAAACCAUCCAGGUCACCUUGUCAGGUCAGCAUCCUCAGUAUCAACAUCUUCAAAUGAAACAUCUUCCAUUGAGAAUAGCCCCGGGUAAAAUCCGUUGUAACAAAAAGAAUGUUGUGUUGACCUUGGGAUCUGAGCGGAUUUCUACACAAUCAAGUGCUAGAGCUCUGUAUCAUUACUUUUCUUCCUUGGAAGGAAUUGUAGGUUUUCAGGAUCAUUUUGACUGGUGGGCUCGAAAUAACUUCUCAAACCAAGGUGGUAAACCAUUUUGGAUUGAUCCUUCUGAAACUGAAAUACAGCAUAUCUUUAUAGAUGACAAUAUCCGUCUGAAUGAUGCUGAGAGCAUUGUUCAUCCACAGGUAUUUGUGGAGGAUGGUGUUGGAACCAGGACUGCCGCAACCUCAGAGCUGUAUGAUAUUUGUCUGGUUCAGACAGACCUACUUGGAGCCAUCCAUGACCGGAGUUACUUCAUCAAGUGUAUUCAGCAAUGUGAAGAGAAUUACAGUAACUACACUGCAAUUUCACACUGAAGAUACCCUACCCACCACAUUAUCAGCCUUAGAUAGCUGAAACUCAGGGCAUGUGUAUGAAAAUGAAACUGGAUAAUAAAAUUAUAUACAAGUUAGUUAAUUAUAUUUAGGAUGAAAGUACAGUUUGAGAUAAAUUGGUUGAGUUGUAAUGAAACAUUGUGAUUAUAAUGGUACAAUACUCUGAGAAGGAUCUAUUAUUUAUGGUUACUGUGGAAAUUGUAAUAAGUUUCUGACACCAGAAGAUAGUUUGCAGCGACUCUUGACUAUUUGAAUUAAACUAAGUCCAGAUAUACACACAAUAUCUUUAAGCAGCAGCAAUACGGAGAAAUAUACCAUACAACUGUGUUCUCUUCCUAGGUAAAGAUAUAACUCGGUCAUCGUUCCCAUCCAAUACUGAGUCCCUCUACAACUUGUUAAGAAAAGCGUCUUUAUAUUUUUUAUUCAUUCAUGGGAUGUGAGCAUCACUGGCAAGGCCACUAUUUAUUACCCAUCCUUAAUUUUCCUUGAGAAGGCAGUGAUAAGCUACCUUCUGGAACUGCUGUACUCCAUGUGGUGUAAGUAGACCCUAAGUGCAAUUAUGGAGGGAGUUUCAGGAUUUUGCUGCAGCAAUAGUGAAGGAACACCAAUACGUUUCCAAGCGAGGAUCUACAUUUAUGGCCCUUCUCCUUCUAGAUGGGAGAGGUCACAGGUUUGGAAGGUGCUGUCAAAGGAGCUUUGGCAAGUUGCUACAUUGCAUCAUGUAGAUGGUACACAGCUACUACUGUGGGCUGGCGAUGAAGGGAGUGAAUGUCAAAGGAGGUGGAUGGGAUGCCAAUCAAGCGUACUGUUUUGUCUUAUAUAGAGUUGAGCUUCUUGAUUUUCUUUAUAUGCAGUUCCUCAUGAACACUGUAAUUGAUAAUUAAUUAUGAUAAGUUUUGAACACCCCCUAGAAAAGAUGUAUUCCUUCAAAACAACAGAUGCCAACUUGUUUUCAUCCUGUUCUUGCAUUGUUCCACUCUUCAUCUCAAAACUUCCUUGAUUAACAAUUUCCUAAUUUGGCCUUGAAAGCAAAUCAAGAGACACAAAUGGCAUACGACCUAUCAUUUCAGGAAACAUCUAAACCAUGGGGCUAAAUUUUCUGUAUUGCUCGCUAAAGCAUACCCCCAACCCCUCUGCCCCCCACCCAGUCUUCAUAAAAGGCUGCUCCACAGUGAUAAUACGCUGGAGGCAGCUUUAACAACGUGAAAGUGGGACUUCUGUCCCUCAGGGGGUCAUAGCCCCAUCCUUGAGAGCUGCUAGCCAAUCUGAUUAGUCAGCAACCAAGUAGUCCCAGCGAUACUAGAACUCGGCGGUGAGUGCUGCUGGGACUACACUUAGGCCCAAGAAGAAGAUCAUAGUGACCAAACUCAAAGGUAAAACCUGGGGUUUUGGGUAAGGAAACAAUCACGGAUGCUAGGGAGUCAGGGUGGAUGCAUGAGAGGUUGGGUUUUGGAGGCAAGGGGUGGCACAAAGGGGUACCAUCUUGGGCUGGUGCUUCUGAUGCACAUAGGGCACCCCCCCAUAUGAGGUACCACCCACUUCCUUUCAGCCUUUUCAUCUCAAAUAGUGAAAAAACAGGCUGGCCAUUUUCCUCCACCUUCCACCGUCCACAUAUUAUGGUGGUGGAGGCAGAACCAGGCUUAUUAAUUGCCUAGUUAAGGCCUCAAUAGGCCUAAGGACAAGCAGACUGGCUGAUGCCUUACCCGUCCACUGUAUUACGGGGGACAGCUCAGGGAAGGCACUGGGCUAGCCACCUGUCCUAUUUUACAUGAACCCCCCUGACAGGCGGCAUAAAAUUCUCCCCAUGAUGUCAGCUAAAUUGUACACUGACAAAUCAAACUCUAAAGUAUAAUGGGAAUAUUAAAAAGAAACCAUAAACUUUGUUCAUAUGCGAAUAAACUAAAUCAUCAACAUAUAUAUAUAUAAAAUAUAUAUAUACAACAGGAGUAUCUCAGUUUCAUCCUUAAGGAUGAAGAAAUCCUUUUAGAUUCCUCACUUAGAGUUCAAUAACCAUGCUAAUAAAUCGUGUUUUAAUUGUUCGUUAGGAAUUUUUAAAUCUUCACCAACUUUCAAACCCACUAAAUACUAAUCAACAAUGUUACAAUCACUACCAUCUAGGUAACGAGGGAUCGAUGAGACAAGAACAUAACCCAGGGUAGUCCAAGGUGUUUCUCCUGCUUUAUACAUAUUUUUCUACCAUGAACAAGCUCCUAAAACUGAUAUUCCUCUUUCAGACACAUCAUUAUUUUGUUGUAUUUUAAAGGUAGCCAUUUUGGCUGUUACUUUCAGUAGACCAAAGACAUAGGAGGUACAGGAUAUAGAAAUGCUACAGUGGCUUAAGGUACUCCUUCAGAAUUUUACUCUCUACUUGUUCUAUAGGUUGAAGGUCAGUUCUCACCUGUAUUUUGGUAAUGUGUUUUACAACCAGAACUAGAAAAAUUUGAUGGUUCCCUAAUCCAAGUAUAUGGGAAGAUAUAAACACCUAUUCACUGUUGGUAGCAGCCAUUCUUUCACCAUGAUAAAACAUGGUUUCUGAGGUGGUAUAACAAUGCUUUCCUUUUGCUGUAUAUGUAAUAUCCCCACACAACGGUGAUUUGCCAGCAAAAGUAAAUCCACGUGAUGGUGAUUUCAUAGUGUUAUUGCUUCACAUGCCCAGCUAUUUUCUUGUCUGCUACAUAAAUCUAAACUCACUUUCCAUUUAUUAAAUAUGGUGGAAGUUUAAGGUA